AUGGCGGGCGUAUACAUUUUGGCUCUACUCUUCGUUUUCGGUUUCGCUCAGGGCGGACCCGUUUCAAAACCAGCUCAGCCCGCUAUCAUCGAGGAUUUGCGGCGAGGUGAUUCGAGGAUCGUAGCAGGCUGGGAGGCUGAAGAGGGGCAGAUCCCUCACCAAGUGAGCAUCCGUAUGGUGCGGGAUAACGGCCAAGUGAGUUCAUGCGGCGGCUCCAUCAUCCACAACGAGUGGGUGCUCACGGCAGCGCACUGUCUCGCCAAUCGCGUCACGUUCGUGGUCCGUUUCGGGCUGACAAACCUCACCCGACCAGAGUUCCUCGUGGAGUCGACGCGCAAGUUCAUACACCCGGGAUACGAUGAGAUACGCGCCGGUGUACAGACCGAUGACAUCGCACUGCUCGGCUUGGAACACUACAUACCGUACGGAAAAUUCAUCCAGCCGUGUCGUCUGCAGAACAGCGAGCAAAAGAACAUCGACUACACGAACGUCCGCUUGACCGUCAGCGGCUUCGGUAGAACCGACGACGCUUGGAACGGCGGAGUAGCAUCGGAAGUGCUUCGAUGGGUGUACCUGCUCGGCAUCAGCAACCAGGAGUGCCGCCGCUGGUACCCCAACAGCACCGUCAUCAAGGAGGAGACCAUCUGCGCCGCGUACUACAACGAUACUGCACAAUCAUCAUGCCAGGGUGACAGCGGUGGGCCACUUACAGUGGUAGAUGUGGAUGGCAAGCCAACAAUGGUGGGAGUAGUGAGCUUCGGUUCCAACGCCGGCUGCAACAGUCCUUACCCUUCAGCUUACGUGCGCCCUGGCCACUACCACGACUGGUUCAAGGAAGUGACCGGCAUUGACUUCGACUGGAGCAGCGAAGAUUUGGAGCCUAUACAAUUAGACGUCGCGGAGGAAGAGAAACUAAAUUUCAUUAACUUGUGA